AUGUUAAGAGAUAAUGAACCAUCGUUCGUCAAAACUACGGCAAAGUUUGAAAGACUUGGAGCCAUUCGCGAACAAAGUGUGCAUGUUGUGAAAGGUCACAAAUUUCUGGCACGGUUUUUUAAGCAGGCUACGUUUUGUGGGCACUGUACAGAUUUUAUAUGGGGCUUUGGAAAACAAGGUUUCCAAUGCAAAGUAUGCUGUUUUGUGGUUCACAAACGCUGCCAUGAACUCGUUCUCUUUCCUUGUCCCGGGUCGGACAAAGGUCCAGAAACCAACGCUGCAGGCCUAAGUACUAACAAUUAUGAUAUUUAUAACGAUUCAGUUAAGGAAGCUAAAAAUCUUGUUCCAAUGGAUCCAAACGGACUUGCUGAUCCAUAUGUAAAGCUUAAGUUAACUUGUGAUGGCGAAAGAAAUCGAAAAUUCAAAACGAAGGUAGUCAAAGCCUCUCUCAACCCGGAGUGGAAUGAAAAAUUUGUUAUAGAAAUAGGCCCGGAGGACGAGUCGAAACGUCUGAUGAUUGAAAUGUGGGAUUGGGAUCGCGCCUCACGAGACGAUUUCAUGGGUGCCCUCUCUUUCGGGGUGUCGGAGAUUGUCAGACGCCCUGUCGAUUGCUGGUUCAAGUUGCUGAGUAGGGAGGAGGGCGAAUUCUACUCCAUUCCUUGCUUCGAUGCCAAGACGAUCGCUUUCUUGAAUAUGAGUCGUGCCAAAUACGAGAAAUCUAACGGCACCAAUUUGGGCAAAGACGACAACCGCGUACAGAGUAAACAGGAUACCCUUCGAGUUACGGAUUUCAAGUUCCUUCGGGUCCUCGGAAAAGGAAGCUUUGGGAAGGUUAUCUUGGCAGAGCACAGGAACACCGACGAGGUGUAUGCAAUCAAGGUGUUGAAGAAGGACAUCAUAAUCCAGGAGGACGAUGUUGAAUGCAUAAUGGUGGAAAAGAGGGUGUUGGCUCUGCAGCAAAAGCCUCCAUUCAUAGUGCAACUUCACUCCUGCUUUCAAACCAUGGACCGAUUAUUUUUCGUCAUGGAGUUCAUUAACGGUGGCGACCUGAUGUACUGGAUUCAACUUGUUGGCAAGUUCAAGGAGCCCGUCGCCACCUUUUACGCGGCAGAAGUUGCUGUUGGCUUGUUCUUCCUUCAUUCCCAUGGCAUCGUGUACCGAGACCUCAAACUGGACAACAUACUCCUCGACCAUGAAGGUCAUGUGAAAUUGGUCGAUUUUGGAUUGUGCAAAGACGGAAUUGUCGGAACGACUAAAACGCGAACCUUCUGUGGAACCCUCAAUUCCAUGGCGCCAGAGGUAAUUCAGCGACAACCCUACGGAGCAUCUGUAGACUGGUGGAGUUUCGGCAUUCUCAUUUACGAAAUGCUUGUUGGUCAGGUAUUAAUUUCACCCAACGCCCAUUCCUCUAUUUACAAUCCACCGUUUUCAGGAGAAGAUGAGGAGGAUCUCUUUCAAGCCAUCCUCGAGACAACUCCGUCCUUUCCACGUAAUCUGUCAAAAGAGGCCCUCAGCGUUUGCCGAGGCUUUCUUAACAAGGAUCCCAAUUCUCGUCUCGGCUGCAGUCCGGCAGGCAGCCUGGAGAUCCGCGAUCAUGUCUUUUUCCGAAGAAUAAACUGGGAGCUCAUAGAAUUGAAGGCUAUUCAACCUCCAUUCAAGCCUUGUGUGUGUGACAAGCAAGACACGAGCAAUUUCGAUUCUGCCUUCACCAAUUUGCCAACUGAACUUUCGCCAACAGACAAGCUGUUCGUCAUGAACCUCAGUCAGACCGAAUUUGCGGGUUUCUCUUUUGUUAAUCCCGAGUUUGUGAUUGAAGUAUAA